GUGAUUUUUAUGAAUAUUUCAUUAUAGCCCAUAUAACUGAGCCAGAAAAGGACAUUGUGGAAUCUCAUAACUGCUUUUCUUCCAGGACUCUUUCUUACAUUUUACAACAUGUCUGAUAAGCCAAAGGUGUACCAGGGCGUGCGGGUGAAGACAACUGUUAAAGAGUUGCUGCAACAGCAGAGAGCUCUCCAGACAGCAAUUAAAACAGUUAGAAUGAAAUCCCAGAGCUUGGCGAGUCAGGAUGUUUGCGUCUCCUCCUCCUUGCCAGGCCAUUAUUUUGAUUAUUUCCCUCAAGAGAUGAAUUCCAACGGCAGCUUUCAGCCGCGGGCCUUUCCAGACAGCAACGUUCAGAUGGAAAGCUUCGAUAAUCAACAAUUGAUAAGCAUGAUGAUGCCCAACGAGACCUACAGCAGUGGUAUUAUGCAUCCCGCUACUUCAACAAAACUUUGGCCCCAGGAAAAUCACUCCCUGAAUAUGGACUAUUGCGUCAAUGGCAUGGCUCCCAGCUCACCAUCAGGUUCUCUAAAUAUGUCAAGUCCGGUCGAUUACAACAGUUAUUCGCCACAGGAGUCUUACACUUCGUCGUGUUACAACUCUCCGAACAGGAUGGACUCGAGUUAUGGGUUUGUUCCAGAGCACUACCACUACCAGCACUGCAACCUCCAGCACUGCUACUGCCUGUCCCAUUGGUCGGGUACACAGGAGAGCAUCUCCACUCCAGAAUACGCUAUUUAUGGCACAACAGACUGUGUACACGCCUCGCCUGUGGAUGCCAACUAUUUCAGGCGGGAAUUGUCAAGUUCAGAGAUGUGCUACCUUUAAAGAUACUCUCGGUCUUUGUUUUCUGUGUAAAUACAGUAGAAUGUACAGUGAAAACAAUGUCUGUAACUCGAUGUCAAACGAUUGCACGUGUGGCACUUGUUUUAAGAUGUAGGCCUGCUUUGCAUUUCAGAGUGUUUGCUGUCAACGUUUCCUCGGAGUUUCUGUUUUUGUUAUGAUUGGAAGAAUGCUUUUAGAAUUCAUGAGUUUGGCUAAAUGUUGCAAAUGUAUGGGCUUGGAGCUAUACAGUUACUUACUGACUGUGAUUUAGAUAUAUAAAAACAAGUUUUUUUUUUACAAGAAAGUAUAUAUUUUUUUAUGGAUGCAUUCAUUUAGUAAAAUAAUUGAAAGGCCUACCCAAAGGAAAUUAGCAGCAUCAUCCCCAUCAACUCAAUGUUUAGUUUCCCUGUUCAGAUGCACACAGAAACUUAGUUAGAAACAUGAACUUAAAUUGAGUUUUUCAAGUCAUUGAAUCAUAUAUACGGCUAAAACCAGCCCCUUGUUGGACCCAAAUAAAAACCACUACGCCUGCCACCACAUUAACUAGAAAGAUAAAUGACAACAGACAAGCGAUAAUGAUAGAUAAUUCAUAUCUAUAGUGCUUGUCGUUACAAAAAUAAUCGGAAAGACCCUAUGACAACUGAAGACAAACACAACAAUAAGGUUAAUAUUGACGGUUCUUGAUGUGGGAAAUGGUCUCCCAUGGAGGCACACGCAAGUCCACGUCACAUCAGGUCACAUCCAACUCAAGAGACGCCUGUCUCCACUCUAGCCUCCGAGCGCACCCUCCUCUGCAUCGGGAUCUCUAUCUUCUCCGAGGCCGAGAUAAAGCAGGGUUGAGCAGGGCUAGAAGUAGGGCUGCCUUUCCAAAACAUUACAUAUGACCAAAAAGAUGAAUAAAUAAAGGAAAUAACUACUUGAAUAAGGAC